CAGAUGUCUCUCUCCUCUUCUCUCUUCUCUUGCUUGACCUUCCUUCCACCUAACUGACCAGCAUAUUUGUCAAGAUGGCAUAGACCACUCAAUUGCCAUUCUCAGCUGCAAAAAGACUUCGAUUAACCCUUUUUCAAGUCUGCAACUUUACUCUCUUUUCCCUCGUUUCUCCUGUAAGUUAGUAUACAGCGUUUCACUCCAAUAAUGAGGCCUCGGAUACUUCUGCCACUCGCCCAGCUUGUCCUUUCCGCCUCCGCCGCAAUUGAGUUUACAGCACCGGUUGCUGGAACUAUCCUGAAAGCCGGGGACACUCUGAACGUGGAAUGGCAACAAGUAGGGAAUAGCUCUGAAAUUCCCGAUGCUGUGCGAUUUGAUAUUUUCCUUUGCGCUGGCGGGAACGACGAAGAUUCCUUUGACCAAUUAAUGCACAUAGCGAAAGACAGAAAUUUUGGCGAAGGGAACUCAAUAUCAGCGCCCAUCGCUCUUGAAAUUGGCGGAAACGAGCCCAAUGCAUAUUUCCUCCAAAUGGUCAUAAACAACCCCGACGGUCUUGACCUCGUCCACUCCGCGCGCUUCACCCUCUCAGGCAUGACUGGCAGCUUGCCAGCCAGAUUGCUAGAUGGAAUCCAGGCCAUCUCCGGAACUACGGACAGCCCGCCCAUUCACGGCAAUGAACUGCGCAAGCGACAGGCAGGUUUACCUUAUGCGGAGCAAACGGGGUUAACGCGCUAUGCGCCGAUGCCCACGCAGCCCCCGACAAAAAUAUCCCUCAGGGGUGCUCCUCCGUUAUUUCCUCCAAGUUCCUUUCAGAUUGCAACGACCUUCUUACCCACGCCUACUAUCCAGAUGACGAUUGCUGUGAAAGCGACGUUCAAGGUGUCUAGUAUUGAGAAUACGGCAGCGCCUGCGCCAGUUGAGGACGAUAUGCAGAAAUUCUUGAACAGGUGGAAAGAUUAACAUCGGACAUGGGAUCCACUUCUUUUGCUUCUCCUGCCUUUAUUGGUUUCUCUCUUUCCUUAGUUUUUCUUUCCUCGUCUGUUUUCUCUUUAGUUUGACCAGGCAGCCCUUGGUUAUGGUUGUGUUAUGGUUUAUGGUUUAUGCCUUACGUUAUCCUAGAUAGGUAACAUUGACGUAUGAGGAGUUCGUUUGAUUUGAGAUAUGAAAUCUCAAGGGGCGGAAACCGUUAUGUUGUAUAUUUUGUGAUUUCUAGCCUAUUCCCCUUCCAUCCCUUCCUUAAAGAAAAUCAUGCCUUUGUUCAGUCAGUUAAUGUAUUAUUUAGUGCAUGUUGUUUUAGCACAAGCGAUUUAUAUGCUCUAUUUGAACGAAUGAUUUGAUUCUAAAUUUAUAUCGUGGAUAGAUAGAUAGUGAGCUAUAUGGAAUACUACUUAGCAACACAAAAAGUAAAAAGAUAAAAAGACUCCUCCCAUAUUUUAUGUCCAUUGUUAGGGUUGGACGUCCAGUUGUGCUAUCGGUUACCUGGCAUAUAUCCC